UUAACAUUAUCAUUUUAACAUUAAUAGUCAAUACAAACAUUUUUAAUCCAAACAAAAUUCCUACAUAUUGGUAUAAUUAGAACAUAGAACUGUACAACACAGGAACAGGUCCUUUGGCCCAUGACGUUGUGCCAAACUAAUUAAGUUAAUGACACCUAAUUCCUUCUGCCUGCACAUGGUACAUAUCCCUCCAUUCUCUGCAUGUGCAUGUGCCUAUCUGAGAACCUCUUAAAUCCCUCCACUACCACCCCGGCAGUGCAUUCCAGGCACCCACCACUCUCUGUGCAAAAAAACUUGCCCCGUAUAUCUUCUUUGAACUUACCCCCUGUCACUUUAAAUGCAUGCCCUCUAGUAUUAGACAUUUUGACCCUGGGGGUAAAGAUACUGGCUGUCUACUCUAUCUACGCCUCUCAUAAUUUUAUAAAUUUCUAUCAGGUCUCCCCUCAGGCUCCGCUGCUCCAGAGAAAACAACCCUAGUUUGUCCAACCUCUCUUUAUACCAUGUGUCUUCUAAUCCAGGCAGCACCCUGAUAAACAUCUUCUGCACCCUCACCAUAGCCUCCACAUUCCUUCCUAGGAUGGGGCGAACAGAAUUCAAUGCAAUACUCCAGAUGCGGCCUAACCAGAGUUUUAUAAAUCUGCAUCUUAACUUCCUGACUUUUGAACUCGUGCGACUAAUAAAGGCAAGCAUGCCAUAUACCUUCUUUACCACCUUAUGGACUUGUACAGCUGAAUAACUAAUUCAUUUCCCACAAAACUCCAAUGCAACCCUAACACUACCUCUGACUGCUUUUCCUUUCUCUCGAUCUUGCACUAGUGUUAUGUUUAUUUUAUUUAUUUUGCACACGUGUAAGCUAUAAAUAAUUUGUUAAUUUAAGUUUAUUUUAACAAGUUUGCCCUAAUCUUGUAAUGCACUCUGCUGCUGCAAAAACCCAAUUUUCAUGGCAUUUAUACCCUGUGCAAUGAAUGCCUGUGGCAACAAUAAACUUGAACUUGAUGCAGUCCCACGAGGUUGUGAAUGAACAGAACGCGUCAAAUCCCGGGCCGUCAUCAACCUGCGUCCGGAUCUAUCUGCGUCAUCUUCGGCUGACGGUGCGUUGCUGUGUGUCCAGCUGCCUGUCGCUGUGCUCACGGAGCAGCCUGCGGUGGUUUUCGGACCCAGAAAGUAUGAGCGAUGGAGCCGGCGUGGGGCCGAAGUUCGUGGGGGUUGCCCACCACGUAUGGGAGAAGGUGUGUGAGAAGGUUAAAAGGGCGGUGGUGUUCAUGGACGCAGGGUGCGCCGAGAGCUUGCACUGGGUCGGCGGCAUAAGGAAACUGCUCCAGGCCGGGGCCCUCAACGUCAAAGAAUUCAGCUCCUUCGAAGCUGGAGCCCCGGAGCAAGUCAAGGCGGUAUUCGUGGUGAGCACUUUGUUAAAGGGGCGCACAGCUGAUAUCAUCCGCGACAUCGUCACCCUAAGCUCCUUCCAGUACUGUGUGGUGAUCACCGCCGUCAGCCACUCUGUCCACCUGCUUGCCAAUAAUGUGACUGCCGAACUGGAGCAGGAGCUGGUCUUCGAGCAGUUCGGGGAGUUGCUGUGCCAGUGGAUGGGUAACCUGAAUUAUACGGGGGAGGUCAUGCACCUGCCUAUAUUAAUUGCACCCCUUGUUCCCCACCUGUUCAUCACCACAGCCUAUUCGUCCUUUUUUUCUUUUGUGCCUCAAGAUCUGAGACUGCUCAAUAACACCAGACCCGACAAAAAGAAGUUUGGAAGCCUGAAUGACGUCGAUUAUUGUUCUUUGCCUUUUGAACUUCAAAUACAAAUCAGGUCAUUGGUUUCAUCCUUGAACUCUAUGUUUGAACUGGUACAGCUCAAAGAGGAAUGUUUUGCAGUUGGUCCUACCAGUAGAAUAAUUGCAGGAGAACUUGCUAAUUAUCCACAGGCAAAACAGAGAAGAAAAAAUGCUCAACUUAAAGCAUCUAUUGUCUUUAUAGAUCGAACACUUGAUCUCUCAGGUUCUGUUGCUCAUCAUGGUGAUAAUCUAGCUGAGAAGAUUCUUAGCAUGCUGCCCAAGUUUCCAGGGCUCACCAAUGAUGUAAAGGUUAACAUGAUAGACCUAACAGCUGUCCAAAAUAAUGAAGAAACUCAAAAUAUGAUCGCUCCAGGAUGCUUAUCCCAACCAAAUGACCCUUCAGCCAAAGUUCUGUGGGAGUCCAUGUUAAACAUGAAACAUAAAGAGGCUGUGAUGGAAGUGCGGAGGCACCUAGUGGAGGCUGCUAGCAAGGAGAAUCUCCCUAUUAAGAUGAGCUUGGGUAGAGUCACACCUGAACAACUCAAUUCGUAUGUCCAAUUAUUCAAGACCAAUUUGAAAGCUUUGGAGAAUCACUGUGGGCUUUUGCAACUUACCAUGGCAACAGUGCAGACGUUGGGACAUGCAUCCUACUCAAAAUGGGACAACUUUCUUGCUUUUGAAAGGCUGCUUUUGCAGACACUGGAGGAUUCCGAUUUGUCAUGUGUUUUAACCCAACUUCUGUCCAUAAUCAAGUCCCAUGGGGAAAGGGACUCCUCUGAUUACAACCUGGAAGAAAUUCUUGUUCUGUUGGUCUACAUCUACUCUGUGGUAGGAGAACUCAAGUUGGACAGCACAGUGGAUAAAGCUGAAUGCGAGGUCAAAAAAGCCUUGUUGCGGUCAUUGUGUGAUGAACCCAACUUAUCUCAAGUACUUCAGGAAAUGACAGGGUGUUCUUCAGCAUCUGAAUUAACAUCUGACAUAGCCACUGAUGUUGUGGAGCAAGUGUUUGAGACACUUCGAGGCAUAACAAGAGCACGGGCUCACAUGAAACAGUUCAAGACUUUACACAGUCCCGGUGGCAACGCCCACCAGGCAAUGUACAAGCCUUUGGUGAAGCAGAUUUUGGAGGAGGUAUUUCAUCCAGACCGACCUGACACUGUGGAUAUUGAAUACAUGUCUGGUGGCUUAACUGAACUGCUCAAAACUGGAUUCAGCAUGUUCAUGAAGGUGAGCCGGCCCCAUCCCAGUGACCAUCCUUUGCUAAUCAUGUUCCUUUUGGGUGGAGUCACAAUCUCAGAAGUUCGAAUGAUAAAAGACCUAGUCUCGACAUACAGACCCAACUGCCAGGUGAUUGUGCUGUCAACUCGACUAUUAACACCACUUGAUGUGACUCGGCUCAUCUUUGCAAAUGACAGACUACAUCCUGAUAUUGGAGUGUAACAAAUACUUUGUUGCUGACGACAAAUUUCAACUGUUCUGCAAACUUACAGAAAUCCUAGACUUCUGACUGAAUAAUGAAAAUAAAUAUGGGUAAUAAAUGACUAACUGCCCAGCUAUUAACGUGGCUGUCUAUUUGACUUGAUCUACAAUUAACAAUAUUUUUGGAAUACCAAUGUGAUUCUACUCCUUCACCCCACCCUGUUUUAUAUCUGAUAGCAAAAGCUCUGAUUCAUCCUUAGAAACAUACUCAUUUACACCAAUUUAUUUAAGAAUUGAAUUGUACAGAGGUGUUUUCCAUAUUGAAAAUAGAUAUUCUAGAAACAAAACUGGUUCAUGUCAAUAAUUCUUCAGCUUUGUCCUGUAUUUAUCUUGAACUUUAAUAAACCCUAGAUAAUGAU